UAGUGUCACUGGUAUGAUCCGGAUUGUGUUUCCAGUUUAUGGUUUUUAUUUUAUUUUAGUACAUCUCUUCUAUAGAUCAUUCAAACGCUUGUGUCAUAAGCAAACAAACUCAAGCGUCUUGAUGAUACAAGGACUCGGAAGGAAAUACUUUUUCGAACAAUUUCGUUGCAGCAGGAUUUUUCUAGAUGAGUUACAAAAAGGACUAUGACAUCCACCCAUGAACCGAAAAACAUCGAGCACGAUUCAAUGCGUGCAAUUUGCAGGGAAACUGUACACGGCUAUGUAUUUUGGUCCUUGUUCCAAGGCCUUGGACCUAUGAUAUGGUUUUACCCACUUAAUGAACUGGAUAUAUCGGGAUAUGAAGCCUUUGCUGCCACUUGGUUCUUCCCUGUUGUGCUUGGUCAUCCAUCAAUCCUUCGUCUUGUCCAGAACCAAUGGGUCCUAGCUGUUUUACGACUCCUGGUGGUGGCGGGACUUGCCUCGUUCCAGGCCAGUACCACUCUCAGUCGACUUGCUAUACUUGCCGUAGGGGCAGGGAUCUCCAUGUUGGUAUUUACUGCCACACUGUGGAACCCAAGUCCUAGGAUAAGAACCAACACUUUCUGGGGCCUUGUGCUCGGCCUUAUGCUGUUUGUGGCAUCUCGCAUCUGGUACGUUUCCUUCAUUCCCACGUGGUGGAGCGAUGUCUCAAACUCAGCAGUCAUUGCCGUAGCGACCGUUGCUGUUAUAGACCAGAUUUUAUCAGGUGCUGAUAUUCCUGACCACAAGGCAGGUCACCAGACAUUUGUUGACCGUCCACGCUGGCUGACCACUGCCUUGGGAUUUGGUAGCCUACUAUACCUCACUCACUGGUGCUUUGGGGAGGUGUCAUUAAUUACACGAUGGACUGUUCGUGGCUACCCUUCACAUGGACCCCUUCCCAACCCUUGGGGAGCCCUGGUCCUACUUUGUCUGGCUGUGGGUGUGUACCUAUCACCACGACGACGGCUGGCCCAGAGUAAAGGCUGGUGGCUGGUGGCACUUGCAGGUUUUGCCGCCCUGUACUAUCUCCCUACCUGGCAAGGAUACGCUGGUGGUCUGGUUCUGGCUGUUUACACCAUGUCAGUUUGGCCUGAGAUGACUGACCGAUUGACCUUAUGUCCUCCGGCUAGAACUCUUUUUGUGGUGAUGUUGGUGUAUCUUGUGGAGAUUUUUUUCUUCGUGUGGACAGUGGCGUACAACUUCGUCCCGGGAGGUGUUUACACACGUGAACAUACCGACUACCUCAUCCUUGCUGUCAUGGGAGGCAUCUUCCUCGGGCUCUUUGCAGGUGGACAGAAGAAUGUACCAAGUCACACAGCACACGCCGAAAUCAACAACAAUAGCAAUGCCACAAGUCGACCAACGAAUGCAGAUAUCAACAACAACAGGAUGCCGUCCAAAAAAGUACUGUUAGUGUUGAUGGUGGUGACAUGUUUUGGUUUACUUGGAUUUGCUGCAAGAUUUCCGUCAAUGCCAUGCAACAUAAAACAGACACCACCUGACCCAGAUAAGCCCCGAGUGUUCACAGCCAUGAUUUGGACAUACCAUUUUGGAUAUGAUAAUAAAGGCUGGCCAAGCCUGGAGAGGUCAGCAAAACUGAUCCAAGACACUGGCGCAGAUGUAGUGACUCUUCUGGAGAGUGAUACAUCAAAGCCUUUCCUCGGUAACAACGAUCUUGGCCUCUGGUUAGGAGAGAGACUAAAUAUGUAUGUGGACUUUGGACCUUCCACCAAGGACCACACUUGGGGAAAUUUGAUUUUGUCCAAGUAUCCAAUCAUCAAGUCAACUCACCAUCUUCUGCCUUCUCCACAUGGAGAGUUAGCCCCAGCAGUGACCGCCAGUGUCAAUAUCAGUGGUCAAGCAGUCGACUUUGUGGUCACUCACAUGGGCAAUGACCGCGACAUUCUGGAUAGGAAGCUACAGGCAAAAUUCCUGGCUAAAGAACUGGACAAAAGCCCAAAUCCAGUGAUAUUUCUUGGCUAUGUGACCUCUGCCCCUGGUAGUCGUGACUACAGACAGCUGCUGAAGAAAGGUCGGGUCAAGGACAUUGAUGAGACUGACUGGGACCGGUGGUGCGAGUACAUUAUGUACCGUGACCUUAUCAGACUUGGGUAUGCCAGGAUUACCCAUGGAGGUCUCAGUGACACUGAGGUACAACUGGCAAAAUUCCAGAUUCCAGAAGAUCAGAAUAAUUUCAAAGAUAACAUGAGAGUAAUCACAGAUUCCAGUCGAGCCAACGAAAGUCUUCGUUUUAACACAAGAUUUGGGUCGUUUCAUGCUGGCCAUGGCUAUUUUGGAGAACACAGAUUCCAUAUGGAUACACCCAAGUAUUUCUUGCCUUAACCAGAUGACAUCUCCUGUCCAGUCGGUAUACAGAAUUGUUAACCAGAUGACCUGUCCUGCCCAGCCGGUAUACAGAAUUGUAAACCAGAUGACCUUUCUUGUCCAGUCAGUACACAGAAUUGUAAACCAGAUGACCUUUCCUGUCCAGCCGGAUUUCCAGGUUUACAGAAUUGUAAACCAGAUGACCUUUCCUAUCCAGUUGGAUUUCAAGGUAUACAAAAUUAUUUUCCAGAUGGCCUUUCCUGUCUGGGAUUUUUUGGAGUUUAUUCCGAACUUUCCAUUCAGAUACCGUCCAUACCUGUCACAUACAUCACACCUGGAAGAGGAUGCCCAGGUAUGUAAUGUUGACACCGUCCCUUCUGUCACACGAUUCUGAUGAUGCCUUACAAUCUAGAUAGGACACAAAUUGGAGUAUUUUUGAGAGGCAAUUAUUCUGGUAUUUGUUCUACAAAACGUGAAGUAUUUUUUUUUUUUUUUCACAUUUGUGUGUUUAUAUUGCAAAUAUUAUUGUACAGGGCUAUGUUCUAAUUUGAUGCAAGGAUUUUUUCUUUAGUCUGUUGAAUGGAUCUUGAGAAAAAUAACUGGAAUUGUGAUAAGUGUGUAGGAGUAUAGAAUACUGUUACCAAAAGGGUUGACAUAUCAGUAUGUGGUAGAGGGUUAUACAUGUAAAUGGGAUUGAAGGUUCCUGUUGGUGGCUGGGGGGUUUUGCCUUACAGUACUAUAUGUGAUACAUAUGAACUUUGUACAAAGUUAAAAAUAAUAAUAUGAUUGUCGCCAUACACAUUAAAUUUUGAAAUGUAUAUUUACAUGAAGAAACAUUUUAUACCAGUACACUUUUUUUUCUUUUUUUUUUGAAAACAUGAUUCUUGUCAAGAAGAUAUGGGUUGUGAAAAAUAGAUUUUAAAAAUUUGAAAUGUUUGUGUUUUUUAACAAAAAAUGUAGAGAGGCAUUAGAUGUUUUUUUCUUAUAUUCUCCUUUAAAUGUCUUUUAGGAUAUUUUAGGGGUAGGUAUGGUGACUUAUGCUUAGAAAUUCCUCCCUGUAAUGGUGUCUGUCCUGUUGGCCUCAGGUUGGUUUCAGAGGGCAAAGUAGAAGAUAAUCACAAUGUUGGUCACCAUUUCCUAGUCUUUUAAAGUUAUAUAUAUAUAUAUAUAUAUACAAUGAUGGUUGUGAAGAUGUAUGCACUAGUUAACUACUGUUUUCCUCUUACAACCUAAAUGCCACAUUGUAGUUUAUUUGUUUGAUAUUAGUGAAAUUUUUAUCAGGAUUCUAAUCUACAUUAAUUUUGUUGUAUUAAUCUGGGCUUAUUUUUUUCAGUGUUUCACAGCUUUAGGUAUUUUUAUAUCAAUGUCUCAUUCUUUUAAUGAAAAUUUGAAUUUAAUUAAGAUUUUACAGUUUAGGGUAUACAUUGCAGAUUUUACAUGGAAUGUCCAACAAUUUAUGGGAUGCAGAUUUUUGUAUGAAACAUACAAUUGUUUCCACUGCACAGAUUUUUGUAUGAAACAUACAAUUGUUUACAGUGCACAGAUUUUUGUAUGAAAUGUCCAACAAUUUAUAGUGUACACUGCAGAUUUUUGUAUGAAACAUAGUUGUUUCCUGUAAACUAUACACAGUUUUGUAUGAAAUGUCCAUGACUUUUGGUGUCAAUAGUUUGAGAUAUCUAAGAUCUCAAUGAUAUUUUAAUGAAAUUAUCAUUGCUUGGUAUGUUAUAAUCGUUUACACAGAUUUCAUUCUGACAGUAGGAUUUCUUUUACAAAGUCCUCUGCUGUCAGAUGAAUCAUAUAACUUAUGAAAAAAUAAAAGCAAGUCCACAUGAAAUGUGUACAGAAUACAGCUGUGGAAGCUGAGUUCUAGCAGUGUUGGCUCUUCCUUGGGCAUUGAUUAAAUCACUCGGACAGUUGACGGUCAUCAACACCUCCAAUAUCGGACUGUUCUAUAAAUCAGAUUUGUUUUUAAAAUCCCUUUAUCCCCUUGUGUUAUUGUUACUGUUAGAUGUGGUGUAUCAUUGUACCUGUAAUUGUGACACUUCAAAUGUACCGUAUUUACCUGUAAAUAAGCCCCCACCCACAAAUAAGCCCCGGCCCACAAAAUUUUUUUUUUUCUUUUUUGCAGAAUUAACAGUAAUUAUUAGAUAGUAAGCCAAAUGUGGUUCACCAAGAGCCCUCUUCAAACUUGAAUACAGAAUAAACUUUAAUGCCAGGGGAGGGGACUUAUUUGUAGAAAAAUACAGUAAAUGACUAAUUAUAUGAUCUCAUUUGGUUGGGUUUUUUUAAAAAUAUUUCUAUAAUCACAAAAAAGAACAGAUUCAAACUAACACCCCCAAAUUCCAAUAUCCAACGGAUAGCAGAAUCAUUGUACUGUUACUAAUGUUAGUUUAGAUGUAAACAGCAUGUAUAGCCCAAUUAUUGGUGUUGAUCACUUACAUCAGUGUAGUUGUGUUAAUGGACAGCAGCAACUUCUACUAAUUAAAAGUAAACUGUGAUAGGCUGGUGUUCCUUUAUGAUAAACACUGAUCACGUGCCUCUGGAUAUUUAUGAAAACCUUUAUCCAUAAAAUGGGUUUUUGUAACUCCAAACUGCAUUAGGUUUUUUUCUAACUGUGCCUGUGGUACAAUCUGCUUUGAAAAAAAUAAUUGAAAUCUGUAUGAUACCAAAGAUUCCUGACUAUGUACAAAGGACUGACUUCCUAGGUACAUGUCUGUGUAGUGUGAUCGAUACCGGUAUUGAAUGUUAUUGGGAGUUUGUAUGUGAUACAGUUAAUGUUUACAAUACAAUGUUAUGACCAUUGGACUUAUGUUGUUCUCAUGUCUCUUUAAAAGAGGUAGAUAAAACUUUGUUGUAUAUUUUAACAUAAUACUUCUUUUAUUAUUGUAUUUAACACACAUUUUUCUUUUAUCUUUUAAGAAAAUGAAUAUGUCCUAUAUGGAUUUUAAGACUGGAAAGGGAGACAAUUGUUUUAACGAUCGUCCUUAAUUUUGUAUUGACACAAGUAAUAUAUGGAUUUUAUCACUGUUAAGGGAGACAUUUUUUUUUAAUAAUCUACUUUGGUAUUGAUACAAGUAAUAGAUGGAUUUUAACACUGUUAAGGGAGACAUUUUUUUUUUAAAUCUACUUUGGUAUUGAUACAGGUUAAUAGAACCUUUUGGUCCAUUAUGUCAAAAAUGAAAGACAUGAUGUAAUGUGAUUUGUUUGAUGUUUGUGUUAUUGUAUAAAAUAGUCUAUAUAUACAUAUCAUUAUAUAAAUGUUGUAAACAAGAUAAGUUCUCUAUCACCUGUAUGAACUAAACUAUAUUUAUCAUAUUAUUGGCUAAGACAGUUUACUGUAUUUCUGUCUUGCUAUGAGCUCUUGUGCCAUGCAUUAGUGGGAAAGGUUGGAACAUAUAUGUCCCUGAUAUAGACUAGGUUAUAGAUGGCUUAUAUAUACACCCCUAGGUCUUAUAUGGCCAAUAUACACCCCUAGGUCUUACAUGGCCUAUGUGGGAUAGGUUAUAGAUGACCUAUAUAUACACCCCUAGGUCUUACAUGGCCUAUGUAGGCUAGGUUGUAGAUGACCUAUAUAUACACCCCUAGGUCUUACAUGGCCUAUGUAGGCUAGGUUGUAUAUGGCCUAUAUAUACACCCCUAGGUCUUACAUGGCCUAUGUAGGCUAGGUUGUAGAUGACCUAUAUAUACACCCCUAGGUCUCACAUGGCCUAUGUAGGCUAGGUUGUAGAUGACCUAUAUAUACACCCCUAGGUCUUACAUGGCCAAUAUACACCCCUAGGUCUUACAUGGCCUAUGUAGGCUAGGUUGUAGAUGACCUAUAUAUACACCCCUAGGUCUUAUAUGGCCAAUAUACACCCCUAGGUCUUACAUGGCCUAUAUAGACUAGGUUAUAGAUGACCUAUAUAUACACCCCUAGGUCUUACAUGGCCUAUGUAGGCUAGGUUAUAGAUGACCUAUAUAUACACCCCUAGGUCUUACAUGGCCUAUGUAGGCUAAGUUGUAGAUAUUAAUAUUAUAAUUAAGCUUAUAAUUUUGGUCUCUAGGAUAUGUGGUUCUAAGUUUCAAACUAUGGGGAGAUAAUCUAUUAUUAGAAUUUAGCUUAAUAUAUAUAUCUUUGCAAAAACAAUCAACAGAUAUACGUAUGUGUAUAUGGUGUUGAUGAGGGGAAUAGGAAUUAAUGCAUUGUUUAGAUUUAACCUUUUUUUUAAAAAGAAUACUAAUAUAUAAGUCUUAUUCUGUUGUUAUUUUAAAAAGAUUUACAUGUAUUUUACUGUUGUAUUUCACUGAAUACACAAAUGAAACUGACACAUAGUUAAAAUUAUUUAAAUAUCAUGGAUGAAAGUUUUCAAUGUUAAUAAUGCAUGAAUUCAGUAUUUUGGAAAUAUUUCCUCCACUAUAACUUGGAUGUUAAAUUUUGAAAAAAACAACUAUUUCAGGAAUCAGGACUCUUUUACCCAUGAAAUAUAAAUAGUAGAAUUGUCGAACACACCCAACACACUGUCACAGUAGAGGAGUCGACACCAUCAUCAGUUAUUUUAAUGCCUAUACUAGACUCAGCGAUGGCAUUACUGACUGCCAGCAAUGAAAUAUUUAUACUCCAUUUAUCAAAAAUAUCAACUGUGUACUAUAAUUUUUAUAAUAUAUGUAUAUAUAUACAAUUGUGGUUUCAUGUGUAAUGUCAUUUUUAUGCUAAAACAUAUGGCUGCUAACUUUUAAAUAUAAUUAUGGAGGAGAUUUUAAACACAUCAAAAAUUCCAAGUCACUGACAAUUUAUUUUACAGCCAACUUUCUAUAAAAUCCUUAUAAACACCUUAGGGUGAGUUUCUCUAGGUACUCUGGAUUCCUCCCACAGUAACACUCAUCACAUGCUUCCGUCAAGGUCAACAAGCUUUAUUGAUAUGAGAUGGAUUAACUUGUUUUACAAUUGUUGUUAAAUAGAUAAAGUUUAUUAUAAGCUAAAACAAUACUUUCAGAUGUUCUGUCUUGUAGACUAACAAGACGUCUCCAUUGAAAUAAGGAAAGCUAACAAUGUUUGAAAGAAUGUGUAAAAAUGCACAGACAAUCAAAUACAGGAACAAUAUAUUAGAUAGAUAGAAAAUAAGAUACUGGAAAUGUGAUUCAGAAUAUAACACUGAAAGUGUUUUGUAUCAUAUUCAAUUUUAAGUUUUAAACUUGAUUGUAAUUCUGGUGAUAUUAAAAUGAUUGUUAGGUAAUUAUUAUGAAAUAUUUUGUGUAUAGUUUAUUUGUGAAAAUAUCAAAUAUAUACUGUAGUAUUAUUGUGAAGAUAAUAACUUGUAUUGUUUUCAAAAAAGUAGUUGAUAAAAUUUGUAAAUUUUACUUUUUCAUGUUGCCAAAUUAUAUUAAUCUAGCAUAGACAAAAUGCACUAUUUCAUACAUUCCUUCUUGUUAAAAAAAAUGCUUGCCAAUUAUUUUUAUGUGUGAAAAUUUUGAAUAUAAAACUACAAAAAAUAUCAACUAUUUUCCAAUAUGCUUGUAUGAAUUAUGAAAGUUGUUGAGUAUCAUUUUUGUAGGAGAAAAUAAUAUUUUGUUCACAUAAUAUCUCAAAACCAAUGUGUGAUAACGUGAAAGUUUCAUGGAAUAUCUCAAAACUAAGUUGUUAUUACACAAAACUGAUGCAUUAUUACGUGAAACUAAUGCAUUAUUAUGCAAAACUGAUAAGUUAUAUCAUAGUUAUAUAAGACAAUGAAACAAUAUUUUUGUAAAUGGGCCUCUCCUUUUGUGAUCAGUUUAUCAACAUUGUUUAUAAAUAGACUUAAGUUUUACAUACAUUGAGGGUCUAGAGGGUCAAAUACUUGUAUGUAAUAAAAAAACUUUUACAUUAUAUAAUUAACAAUAAAUUCUAGCGAGAUAAUACUUGGAUACAGUGUAAGUAUACAAGAAAUGCAAAUUCCGUAUCUCGACUUAGAAAAGCGUUAUGAUAUUUAAAUUGUUGUAUAAUCAAAAUUAUUGAAUUUGGUUUAUCAACAUACGGUUAUAUUUAAGUUGACUUUCUGUAUCUUGGCAUUUUUUUAAUGACUAAUCACGAUAUUUCACACACAAAAAAAAAAAAAAUAAAUAAAGAGAUUUCUCCUACAAAAAUCAUCCCCAGCUUUCAUGAUGAAUGUUCCUGAUUCUGUAAGUUGUUAAACUUCUUAUAGUGUCGUUAAUUUAUACAUUACUUUGGUGUUCAAAUCUCGAUUACAACUAAUGUACUUGCCAAAGAUUCUAUAUAUUAGAUUGUUAAGAGUAUAUAUAGCUCGAUUGAAGUGAAAGCUUUUUAACAUUCCAGUGUAAAAUUUAAUGUGUUGUUACUGUUACAAAAAUAUCCGAAUUUCUUUGAUGUAGAUACAAUAUUUGUUUAAGAUUUUAUGUGUUUUAUUUGGGGAUUCUGCAUUAUUGUUUUUUUUCCCAUUCAGCUAACAAUGUAUAGGUUUUAAGAAUGUACAGGUUGUAACAAUGUACAGGUUGUAACAAUGUACAGGUUGUAACAAUGUACAGGUUAUAACAAUGUACAGGUUGUAACAAGGAUGUAGAGUACACAUCAGCAAUUAACUAAUUUUAAUUUGAAAACAAAAAUAAGAAGAAAAUGUGUGGUAAAAUGUUCAGAUACAAUCGUUAUAUUUCAUGACGAUUUCUUAUUUUUAUUAAUUCAAAAUAGGUUACAUUUUCCUAACAUUGGUAACAAAAUUGUAAAGUGAAAACAGGUGGAUAAAGGUUGAAAACAUUAUUAUGUUGGAUUGGUCAGGUCUGUUGUCAGAUUAGAGAGGUGUGCUGGAAUGUUGGAAGAUUAGUUGCCAGAUUAGACAGGUCUGAUGGAAUCUAAAGUUUCAGACUAGACAAGUUUGUUGGAAAAAAAAUGGUCGUCUGAUUAGGGAGGUUGAAUUGUUGGACUAUUAAGUUGUCAGAUUAAACAGGAUAGUUGGAAUGAUUAUAGUUAUCAGAUCAGAUAUAUUAUGGGGAUAUUUAUUUAUCAAGUUUUAAAAUGUAUGAUAGAAAUGUUGAUUUCUCAGAUUAGACAGGGUGUAGGAAUGCUUAGUCUUCAUAUUAGACAGGUUUGUUGGGAAACAUGGUUGUCAGAUUGGACAAGUUAUUUAUAAUCUUACAUUAUUUAGUUGUCAGAUAAGAUAGGUUUGUUGGAAUACUUAUUUGUUCAAUUAGACAUGAUGCAGAUGGAUACUUAGAAUAUAUGUGGGUCAGAUAAGACAGGUUCCAUUACUUAAUAAUGGUGUUGAAUCCUGACAAAGUGACCGUAGUGAUCAAUAAGUACUAAUCUGUAGUUUACAAGGAUAAUGUUAAUUAUCACUCAGAUUCCUAACAUUCUUGCCACUGAUUCACCAUCCACAUCCUCGUAUAGAUUACAAAACAUAUUUUAUUUAGAUGAGUAAUUUGAACUAUUAACAUUUACAUUUAUCAUUCCCUAAUACACGUAUCUCAAAAACUGUUAUCUUUUCAAUAUUGUGCAAUGAUUAUUGACAUGUUUGAAUAAGACAAAUGGUUUAACUGGACUGUUUUAAGUCAAUUGUUGAGUUUUGUACACAUUUUAUAUAAACUCCCAGGUUGUUCAUUGAAAUGACAGAGCUAAGGACUUAAAGCUCCAUGACUUUGAUUGGUAAGCAUCCCUGUGUUAUAGUACAGUAUAUCUAACAUGGCAUGUUGACAAGGUUUUCGUUCUUUCAGUGUAAUAACACUGUAAAUUUUUUAAAAUGCUUUUGAAUCAGCUACGAAAUUAAUUACAACAAAGAAUAAAGUACAUUAACAUGUUCCUGUGCUCUGAGUUUACAACAUUAUAAACAGUGAUGUGACAACCAGAAUAAAUAUCAGUUCCACAAUUCCAGCUUGCUAUAAUAUUUGCCUAACUCAUUAUCUUUUAAUGAUUGCCCGACUCUUGUUUAUGUUUGCAUAACUGUUUUUAUCAUGUUUGCACAAGUUAAUAUUUUAGCCAGAUGCACAAGUAAAUAUUUUAGCCAGAUGCACAAGUAAAAUAUUUUAGCCAGAUGCACAAGUUAAUAUUUCAAGUCAGAUGCACAAGUUCAAAUUUUUAGCCAGAUGCACAAAUUAAAUGUUUCUGUUGGUUGGAUAUACAUCCACUGUAUUCUUAGUUAGGUGCACACCUUAAGUGGUUUGGGCCAGAUUGCACAAUGAAGUUAAUUUGUUAGGUUUACAGGUAAAAUAAUUUUGCAUGGUUUCAAUAGAUAAGCAUGCUGGAUACCAGGUAAAUAAUUUGAUCAGAUGCACAUAUGAAGUAUAAACUCAUAAAACUGCUGGAGUGUUUUAUCUUAAGCCCAGGAACCUAUUUCUGAGCCAGCAUUACUAGUCCAUUAUAAGGCAAACAGUUACAAGGAGUUAUGUCCUUAAAAGGAUUCUAUUAUGUUGGAAAGAUUUUAGUAUUCUAGACUAUUAUUGGUAAUAUACAGUGUAAAUGGAGUGUAAGCAUGUAUGGUUUUAUAUCUUGUUAUCAAGCCAUAUGGCUUUAAAGGAAUACAAUGUGAAAUAUAUUGAAAAGAAAAGAAAAAGCAAAAUGUAUGUACUAGUAUAUUUUGUGGUAUAUAUAUAUGCUAAAAUUACAUAAAUAAAAUGGUGUUUUGUUCUUAUCAA